ACCAUCAACAUCAAUCCAACGUCAAUAUUCCGGUCUAGUCAAGUGCACUCCGCCACCUCCCUCACUCAAACCCUGACGACCAUCCCAUCCCCCUACUCCCCCCACGGGGCCUUUGACAUUCACUACGCAUCGCGGAACGGAACCACGGAACAGACCAUCACCAUGAGCGUCCAACUCCCCCCAGCAACCCACCGCAAGCGCGCCCUCCCGCAAGGCGAACUCGAAGCCGCCUCGACCCUCCGUCUCGGCGCAGACCAGAAUACACACACGCUGUCGCUGUCCGAGGCGCGGCUCGUUAUUAAUAAGGUGUUGGAGAAUAAGCGGAGAGGGGGGAAGAAGUAUGAGGAGCCGGAGAACCUGACCAAGACGCUCGACUAUCUGGAGGUGUUUGCGCGGUUCAAGGACGAGGAGAAUAUCAAGGCCGUCGAGCGGUUGUUGAAUUCGCAUACCGAGUUGGAGAUGUUUGAGAGAUCGCAGUUGGGAAGUCUAUGCUGCGACAACGCGGAGGAAGCCAAGUCACUCAUCCCGAGUCUGCAGCACAAGAUCUCCGACGGGGAUCUGCAGGAGCUGCUGGAUGAGUUGACCAAGUUGCGGAAUUUUACGGAGUAGUCUGUCCCAAAACUUCUUCCUCUGGCUUUGCGCCAACGUACAAUGUUUUCCGCUGUGGGAGAGAGGGCUGUUUGGCUUUGGUUUGGGAUAGCAUGGAGUUUUGGAGUUAAUCAACUAUGGUGGGUGGAUGAUGCGAUGCAUAUGCGGUGGGGAGAACAGAAAAAUGGCAUGGUACACUGUAUGUAUCUAUGUAUGGAUAGAUGGAGGUUCAAGCGCUGUGUGUAUUUCUUGCAUUUCGGACGAUCAUCUGCUGUCUGAUGUCGUCAUAAAAAAUCAAAGUACUUUGCUGC